AUGUAUUUCGAAUAUAUUUUCAAAGUUGGAAUUCAACUGGUGAAGAUAAUCGUCUUACUUUAUGGACUAAAAUAUAUCUACGACACAAUCCUUCUUGCCUACUUUGGACCCCUUAGCAAAAUCCCCGGGCCAAAGGUAACCUUUUUGUCUAAUCUAUUUAUCACCGUAAGACAGAUAAAUGGCCAAAGGUGGAAAUGGUUGCAAUACGAAAUUGUUCCAAAGUAUGGUUCAUUGGUCCGAGUCGGGCCAAAAAUGAUUGUGGUUUCGGACAAAGAUAUGGUCAAGCAGGACAUAAUUGGGGAAACGGCGUUUGGCGGCUCAUUCAAGUUGGUGAGAGAGGGAAAUCAUCCCUUGCCGAGAAAGGUUUUCCAAGAGUUGAGAAGAAGAGUCUUGGUCAGUGGUGCUCGUGAGUCAGACUUGUUUAUUUUUAAUAUCUCAAAGAAAUUAAUUGAGCGUUUCAUAAAAUUUCAGAAAUCGGCGUUUCCCAUCUUUGGUUCAUUUUUGAAAGUUGAUCCUUAUCUCAUAGAUUUCACGUCAAGAAUCAUAGAGGAACGUAGAGCAUCGACCUCCACGAGGAAAGAUUUGUUGCAAGUACUGUUGGAUACAAAGAAUAUGACUGAUGGUGGUUUGUCGGAUUUCGAAGUUUUCGAUCAAUGCAUUGAAUUCUUAAUUGCCGGAAGUGACACGACAAACUUUGCAACAUCAAUGACAAUGUUGGAGUUAAUCCGACACCCUGACGUGUUCAAGAAACUGGUGGAAGAACUUGAUGAUGCAUUGUCAAAGGAAGAAGAUUCGGAAAGAAGAUUGGUUCCGUCACACGAUAAAUUAAAAAAUUUACCCUAUUUAAAUGCUGUCAUUAAUGAGGGUCUUAGGCUUUAUCCCUCCACAAGAGGGCCUGGAAAAUUGGUUACGGAGGACAUCGUUAUAGGAGGAUAUUUAAUUCCAAAAGGCACGUCGCUUACCGUAAACAUAUUUGGCGUGCAUCGCUCAAAGGAGUACUGGGGAGAGGAUUCAAAUGAAUUCAUCCCGGAGCGAUGGUUGAAUCCGGAAAACAUACCCGCAGAUGGGUUCAUUCCAUUUUCGGCCGUGGCACUAGUGUCAAGAUAUGAGUUCCAAGAUAUCCCGGGUCAGGAUGAAGAGAUGUUGCACUUUGUUACCACGGGCUUAAGGACCAAAAGUCAUAAUGUUAAAGUUAGACAUAGAAUAGAACAAUAG